UUUUGUAUUUUGGCUUUAUGUGAUGAUAUCUGACACUAUUAUUUUGCUGCGGAGCUUUUGCCAUGAAGUAAACACGAAAGCGAAGCAGCCGACAUUCAAGACGAGGAAACGAAACAGCCAGUGUGUUUGAUAACCAACGUAUCAACUGGGCGCAAAUUUCGCUUUGAACGCACUUGUCAACGAACUGCGUUUGCAUUACCUGACUGUACGGAAAGGUCUGUUAAUGCCGUGAUAGGAGGUAUCAGGGUGCUUUCACACAGCGAAAGCUAUCAAGAUACGUCGUGCCGGCACGGCCUUUCUUCAAGUCAUCAAGGAAGGUGUGUGAUGGCUCUCAAAGGAAUCCGAGUCCUCGAGAUGGCAGGGCUGGCUCCGGCCCCUUUCUGCGGCAUGGUGCUACGUGACUUUGGUGCUUCCGUUGUUCGAAUUGACAGGCCGAAACCGCAGUUCGAUGCAGAUCGUCUGUGUAGGGGCAAGCAAUCUAUCGUGAUCGACCUCAGGGAGAAGAAAGGGGUUGCUCUGCUGCAAAAGAUGGCCAACAACUCUGACGUUCUACUUGAGUGCUACCGUCCAGGUGUGAUGGAGCGCAUGGGUAUCGGGCCCGACGUGCUCCUGCAGUCCAACCCGCGGCUGGUAUACGCGCGCCUCACGGGGUUCGGUCAGACGGGGCCCUUCUCCGCCAUGGCCGGCCACGACAUCAACUACGUCGCACUUUCCGGCGUGCUGUCCAUGCUGGGCGCGUACGGCCAGAAGCCGCAGCCGCCGGUGAACCUGAUAGCGGACUUCGCCGGCGGCGGCCUGCUGUGCGCGCUGGGCAUCUGCAUGGCGCUCCUCGAGCGGGAGCGCUCCGGCAAGGGACAGGUCAUCGACGCCAGCAUGACUGAGGGCAGCGCGUACGUGAGCAGCUUCCUGUGGCGGACGCGCAGCUCCAAGAUGGCGCUGCCCAUCUGGAUCGACGACCGCGGAGGAAACAUCCUGGACGGCGGCGCGCACUUCUACAACGUGUACGAGACCAAGGACGGCAAGUACAUGUCGGUGGGAGCGCUCGAGCCACACUUCUACAAGAUACUCGUGGAAGGUCUGGGCCUGGACCCGGAGGAGGUGCCGCAGUUCUCCGAGUGGGACAAGUGCAAGGAGGCGUUCGCCAGGUCGUUCAAAACGAAGACGCAAGCCGAGUGGUGCGCCGUGUUCGACCUCACGGACGGCUGCGUGGUGCCCGUGCUGGACCACGAGCGCGCCUGCGAGCACCCGCAGAACGCGCACCGGCGGGCCUUCGUCGAGUGCAAGGACGGCCCGCCGGCUCCCCGUCCGGCGCCCGUGCUGUCGCGGACGCCCGCCGAGCCGGACAUGGAGGAGCCGCUUCCCGGCGAGCACACGAGGCAGAUCCUCAAGGAAAUCGUCGGGCUGAGCGACGCCGAGGUGCAGGGGCUGAUAGACGAACAAGUGGUCGCGGCACCCUCCUACGCGCUCAAGUCCAAGAUGUAGUUAACGCGACAAUAUACUAUAUGCACGCGGGGGCUUUUGUGAGGAGGGCGUCUCGUCGGUCACGUGCCCGGGGCUUCCGGUGUGGCUGCGAAGCUCCUUGAAAAAUGUAUCGUAUGGUUUAGUAUGGUGUCGAUCGACCCUGUAUGAUCGACACUCGAAUGCGCAUGCUGUAUACAUUCCUCUCUUUCGAGCUGGGUUUUCGCCAGCGCGUCCACUUCGAUACAGCCGCAGAGUAGGCGGCUGAUAACGUGAGGCUUCUGUGCGAGGUCCGCCUUAUGUUUUUUUUAGAGCGACGUGCGUUUUAUAGUCUUAAAGUCGAAAAGAGAUCUUGCGCUUACCACUGCACUGCCCUUGCUCAAAAAUUUUGCAGCAGGAUCCCAUUUUAUGGCGGCGGUUCUUUCAAAAUAACGCUUAGCACUGUUACUUGCCUAAUUUUUCAAGAAAAGAAAUUGCGAAUUUGCCUUCGUCUAGGUUGUCCACAUCGAAUGCCCCAGCAAUUAAAGGAAACCAAUCUCGAAGGCCAUGCUUUGCCGUGCUGCGAAGUUGAACGGCGGAACUGACAUAGCUGCCAUUUUUUAAACAUCGCCCACUGCGAGGGGCGCAGACGAAGGCAAUUUCGCAUAUUUUUUUUCUUGACUAUCAAGUCAGUCAAGCAACGGUGCAAAGUUAGGUGACGCCAACUCUCCUCUGAUUCAUGUCUUGCCUAGGUGGCGCUGCUAUCCGUAGCGCGAUGAAGAACGAGUGAGGAAUAUGAAAGAAAGUUAAUGGGCUGGGAGAGUGUUGAGGUGUCUGUACAGGAAAAACAUUGAUUCACAAUGGAGGAAAAGAACUAUGAAGCUUACAAGCAAGUAUGCGGCCUGUAGGGUGAGCAACACAGCAACAAAGAACGUCAAGCGGAAAGUCAAAGAGGCUGAAAUAAUCUCAUGAGUGGCGGACAUGGAAAAAAAAAAGAACCUGCCAUGAGGAAAAAAACUUAAGAGGAAAAAAACAAAAUCAGGAAAGAAACAAUUUAUGAUAACUCAAAGGGAAGCUCAAUACUUUUCGAAGUGGGAUCAGGAUGCCUUAGAACACGCACCUACAAAGCGAGAUAUAAUAAGGAAGAAGAAGCGUGUGCUUGGGCUGCGGUAAAGCUAGGGAAACGAUGGAAGCAUGUUUUAUUAAAAUGUGAGAAAAUCUGCCCAGCGGUCGAUUUAGGCACCAUUGGCCUCCUUGAAACCCUUGAGUUCAGCGAGAACAGGGGAGAAGUAAGCAUGUCCGCAACAGACAUUAGUAAGAGGCGAUUGGAAAAUUGGUGGAAGCAGGGAAACGACAAAAAACGGAGUCGUACAAAAGCAAAGUUCACAAUAGGGGGUAUGAAAAUUAGGUUGUGGGAGUUCAUCGUGUUUUUUUUUUUUUUUUUUUUUAACCUGGGUAGGACAAUAGACAGCAUAAUAGCAAGAGCUUAGUGGCGCAAACCACUGCCCCGUUCCAAAGGGGACGCUCAUAACAUCCAUCCAUCCUCGAUGCGCCCACCGCGCUGGGCCGUGCUGGCCGCGGGCAGCCUUUAGCAAUUUCUCUGCGACUUGUGUUGAGACGUGUAUUGUGUAUAAGACGUGUACGAGGUGUGACACACACACACAAAAAAAAAACGAGACUGGUCCAAUAACUUAUUGUACUUACUGAAUCAGUUUUCUGUGACGUUAUCACCAGUCCCCUUCAGCAUUCACACACUUCUGCAUUCGGUGCUGCCAUUGCUGGUAACCGGUCUGGAGCGAGGUUUUUGGAAGGCCCUUCAGGAGUCUCCGUUUUUGCCUGAACCUCUUCAAGUGAGGUAAAAUGGGUUCUCUUUAAGCAAGAUUUAACUUUAGGAAGUAAAACAAAGUCGCAUGGAGCCAAAUCAGGUGAAUAAGGAGGAUGCCCCAUCAUAGUAAUGUUUUUGCUGGUCAGAAAUUGCUUGACAGAUAGGGCCGUGUGAGCGGGUCCAUUGUCCUGGUGCAACAGCCAUCCAUCACUCCACAACUGUGACCUUUUUUUCCAAAUUUUUUUCACGAAGUCUUUUUAGUACUUCAGUGUAGUAGUGUUGAUUAACAGUCUGACCACUGGGAACCCACUCAAUCAUUACAAUUCCAUUAAUGUCGAAGAAGACAAUUAACAUUGCCUCGAAUUUUGAUUUUGACAUGCGUGCUUUUUUGGGUCUUGGGGAUCCUGAAGACUUUCACUGCAUUGACUGGCGCUUACUUUCUGGGUCAUAGGUAAAAAUGCAUGUCUCAUCACAUGUUACAACAGAUUCCAACAAAUUUGGCUCGUUUGCAAUGCGUUCUAACAUGUCCACACACACGUCUUUACUUCACUGUUCUUGGUCAACGGACAUAACUUUUGGGACAACCUUCGCACAAAUCUUCCUCACGUGUAAUUCGUCCGUUAAAAUGCGUCAAAUAGAUUCCCUAUCCAAGUGAACAAACUCCGCCACUGCACGAACACUUAAUCUUCGGUCACCCCUGAUCACAUCACGAACUUUGGCAAUGUUUUGGACUGUAAUCGCUGACCUUGGGCGCCCAACACGUUAAUCAUCUUCCACACUGUCCCUUCCCCCUGAAAACCGCUUAUGCCAUUCAAACACACGUGCACGAGACAAAGUUACAUCUCCAUAAGCCUCGGUUAUUAUUUGAAAUGUUUCCAUGGCUGAUUUCUUAAAGGGACCCUGAAACGAUUUUGGCGAUUUUCUACAAACGUACUGAGUCGUUAGAGUAGGUCCUUCUGAUCAUUAAUUGAUGCAUCUAAGUGCUCUGUGUAAAGCGUGUAAUUUAUUAUAAGGUAUUAAAAAUACACAUCGCUGCCGAUCGUAGCACACUGCUCGGCGGAAUUUUAAGCCGCCCCUACCCAUAUGAUGCAAAUAACCCAUAUGACGUCACGUGGGCGAGCUAUCUGAUUGGCUGACCAGGGCGCGUGGUCGAUAAUUUUUCCAACUGUAUGGUAAACAAAUAAUCUUCGUAAUAGUUGGAAUGUUAGUUCAUUUGUUUUUAUAAAAAGAAAGUAACAUAAAGAGAAUGCACAAGAACAAUUUUUCAGUACACUUCAGCACUUCCGGCACACAGCAAGUGUCGUCUGCUUGUGUUACAACGUACUCCAUUUUGACGAGAGCUCCGCGGUCAGAGUCGGUCUCAGUCUUUUCGCGAGCACUAUGAUUCGACUUUGUUGCCUUGUGGACUGCAAACCUAGCGACUGGCAAUAUGUCAAGCUGCGACAUCGUGUCCCUCUGCAAGGCAGUAUACAAGCGAACUGGCUGCUGCGCAGGGGACUGCCGGUAUCCGAUCGGCGCCAGGAUUUGCGCGUUUGUGGCCGUCACUUUACACCGGAAGAUUACUAACGCAAUACCGUUUCGCGAGUCCAGUAUUAGGGCAAACGCAAGCGCAAGGGGACAGGGUCUGGCCGCUUGACUGUGCCGGGAUGAGCCACGAGAUGAGCAGAAGGGCAAAUGUGAAUGGUCUGCACGGUGCAGCCACCUGGUGGCACAGCGCUCAACCAUACACAGUAGCAGCAACGAAGUGUAUUCUUCUUUGCUGCUGGUGUGUAUUUUUCGCAGGAGUGUAAUCAUCAACACGUUGAUUUAUAUAUGUUUAAAAUGCUUUACACUUGGUUAGAGCAAUAUUAGCGCUUUGUUUGACUGGUUAAGCGCUGCGCCAGCAAGUGUCUGGACCGUGCAGACCGAUCAGGCUGCUCACGUACGUCUAGGUUAAAGUUCCUUCAUCAGCUUGAGUUUAUGCCUCCAGUCAUUUGCCGAAAUGACCAGCUUGCCUGUUUUUAGCGGAGUACCGGACACGUUCGGCGCUACGACAGAAUGCUCGCAACGCACGCUGCUUCGAUAGCUCUCGGUCGAUGGCCAAGCGGCUAGCGGAAAGGUCUCGUGCGGGAGGGGGCGUGCUCCUAAACAACCGGAAGUGAACGAUGUGACGUCGCGUAGUGACGCUGAACCAGUGAAGGCGGAGCUUAGCGCUGCUCGUUCGGCGAGCGAGUUGAGGAGGAAAAGCAUAGCUAGGGAGGAGGGUAACUUCUAAUCGCUUGCAGCUCCAUUAAUACGUAACGCUUCACUUAAAUUGUGGUGCGAAUGUUCUACUGAAGCUGUACCCUACGCGCCUACAAAAUUUGUCCGAACCGUUUCAGGGGCCCUUUAAGUUUCACAAGAAACUUGAUGUUGAUUCGCCGUUCGGUUUUUACAUCAGACAUUUUUCCGGCAUAAUGCAGUUGCACAAAUUCACUUAAUGACGCAGCACUCCCAACUGGCGUGAUCGAUUCCGUCGAAACUGGACGCAUGAAUAGAGGAGAUGAGUGGGAUUACGUCAGCAAAACAGUUGUUGCCAACUCGACUCUUUUUUCAAGCUACACACUUAGUCUCGUUUCUUUUGUGUCACACCUCGUAUAAGUAUUCGGACGCGCUUCCAUGCCGAUAAGUUAAAAACACAAGUGAGGACUUGAUGCCCAUAGUGAAUAAAGUUCUACAUGCAGUUUCAGCUCUUGAUAGCGAUUGAUUAUGGCUCGAUAGGGAGGAAACUCGUGAUUUUCAUACGAUCUCCGAGCUCACGACGGCCAGCUCCAACUAAUGGAGGAGACAGCAGAAGCAGUCACGAACCUCAGCAAUCAAAUCCAGGUUGCCAAAACUACUUUUAUUGCACAUUGCAUUGAGGAAAUAGGAUUUCUUCUCAAUACAAAUCAGAGAAAUUGCCCAUAACUGAAACUAAAAGUCACUGAUAAAAAAAAAAGGGGAGUUGUAGCAAGUUUCUCAAGGCACAAUUUAGAGCACUCAACGCAGUUAUAGAAUUUUCAUUCGCUCCCGCGUUUCGUCCCGUUUUGUGUUCUGAGACUUGCGUAGAAAUGGAGCCUUGUAAGCACAUAGAACGUUACGAUUCUAUUCGUAAGUGCUGUUUUUGUUUGUUUGUUUGUUCAGGGCAGCCAACGAGGUUCAAGCUGGAGAAAAGAUACCAGAUCCAUAAAGCUGUCGCUUCUUACUUGCUUCACACUGAAGCAAUGGGUGAAAUUGUUAUCCAUUGAUGUCGCCAGUGCAUUCAGUUGAUCUGACGGAUAUAGAAGUCCUCCCCUGUCAACAGCAGUGGGGAGGGCUGCUUUCUUGGAGAGGUGCGAUGGAGCACUUGGGUACAUUGAUGGCACUGCGUCGCUUGUAAGCACUGGUCGAUCACGGGGAAUCUUGACCGUUUCGUCGUUGCCCACGUGCGUGAAUGCCGCACAACGUAUUGUUCGUGGAAGUGAAGCUCUUAGGGGGCUGAUUUCUCGUCGAGGAAUUUGUCAGCCUGGGGGACAGCCCGCCGCCGCGUUUCAGAACGUUCGGGGUCCUUUGGCACAGAAAACAAGAGUGAUACGCCUCCCGUCUUCCUUGACGAUACGUAACCGGGCGUGCAGUGAGGCGCAAAGCAGUGCGUUUGCUUCGCUUUCCUUACGCAAGGAUCCAUUUGACUGGAACAGGGCACGGAACCCAAGCCUACAUGCUAACGAGCAAUGUUUCACCACAAGGAAAACACCGCGAAAAUCACAUAUGCGCAACGUCGAACCGAGAAGACGACAAUCGCACGUGCCGCACAGAUAGCGGGCGAAAGAGGCGGAGGGGCUAGGAUAGAGAUUGCAAUGCUGACCGCAGCGCCACCACGGCCGCUGUGGUGGCCAACGUUACUAGAUGGCGGUAUGAAUCGAAGGAGCGCGCUUUUGCCGCGAACUACGGGCGUUGGCGCCACCUCUGCUUCUAGCGACCUAGCUGCAAAAUUUGAGCAGGAAUAACAGAGCAGCUGCAUCAAGCGCGAAUUUUUUAUUUUUAUUUUAAGAGAAAGGCGCACGUCCCUGUAUAUACAUUUGUUCGGUACCAUCCUUGAAUAAGCCUAACACAAUAGCUGAUUUUCAAAAGCACGGUGGUCAUGACGUGUUCUCGGCACCUGAAAUUGCUUCAGGCGUGCUUGCAUUCAGAAUAAGCACAUCUUUCGAGAUCCGGUUCCGUUACUUAGAGGGUGAGGUCGCAUGGGGCGUGGACUAGGACACCACCUAUCUACACCCGGUGAGGCCAUACUGUCCUCUCCCCCCUUCUCCCCGAGUGUUGUUACCCGGGUGUCCUCCUUCAGUACCCUUCUUUCUAUGCGGUAAAUAUGGUGGUAUUGUUUGCCCAGUCCAAAACAGGAGCACACAGCAGCCAGAAAGCAGCACAGCGAAAAGGCCCAUGCCUUGCAGCUGCUUUUCUGGUGACUCUACCUGCAAUUCUCGCGGCGCAUCCUCUGUAGUCCAGCGCGAAUGGAAAUACGCCAUCGAAGUCAAGUCACGUGGCGGACGCGGCGACAUAGGAAUUGUCUCUCCGUAUAGUAUAUAUGUCAAUCCUCAUGUAAACAGAAUACCAAUUGUGGUCGCGCAUGCGCAGCGGUCGAAUACGGUGCUUGGUAUAGUUAAGGGCAUACCGUAUUUUGCUGUCACUCUUUAGCGAAGCUUCGUUCAAGUAUUGCUUAAAUAAUGGCCUUUGAAGCUCUUUGGCGUGUGGUGCGCUGCCAUACGAAAGACAGACGGCCUGCAUGGGCAAUCGCUACAUGAGGUCAGAUAUACGCACGUUCGCAUGCACGCACAUAUACUCAUGCACACCUCGCAUUGGCUUUUACAGCGAAGGUGUAUAUGGCUAGCCGAUUCGUCCGUCCGUCUGUCGCCUGUGCGCCGAAAGCUCCUCCGGCGCAACCCCAUGCGCAUGCGCGAAAAAAAUUAAAGGACGCGCGAUUGGCUGCGCCACGUCGUUGCUCUCCGUCGCAGCCGAGCGCGCGCGCAGCAGUUCCUCUUCGGCUCCGAAAUGGCUAGGCCACGCGUCAUACAUACUCCUGCUGAGGAGCAGACAGCUUUCGAUCAGCAAGGCGGCGAGCAGAACUGGGAACGAGCUCGUCUACGCCGUGCCGAUGCCGCAGCCCGGGCACAAUUAAGAACAGGAUCGUGCAGCCGAGCGCAAGCAGCACUGCGUACCGAGAAUCCGGCAGCAUACCAAGCCGUCGUUUCAAGAGCCGUCGGGAUUAACCCAGUGAUAAAAACCGGGGCCGCAUAUUUAAGCUUCGCUGGUUAAUCUGUACCGAGUGCUUGGGCGGUGAUUUUUUUUGUGAGCAAGUCAUCAAGAUUUAAAAACACCGUUAAACCUUUCUCGGGAGUAGUUCCGGCUGUCGGUUAUAUGUCGUUCACCUGUUCUUUUUUUUUUUUUUACCUCUUGAGAUGAUGGUGUUCAAACGCAUUUGUCAAAUAUAGAGUGCGUGCUGAUCGCGGUGGCCGUAUAAGGUGCGGCGGAAGGUGUUUUUUCCGCCGGUAUUUUCAGAGCUGCCGAGAGUGCGUAAACGAUGAAGAGGCUGUCACGCAAAGCAUGCUUGUGCCCGUUAUUGCCGUAAAAGAAAUGCCCAUGAUUAUAUUGCGCUUAGUGUUACACUGGCGAACAUAAGGGACAAGACGCGGACGUACAUAGCGCAACAUCCACUAUCCACUUCAUUGCUUUACUAAAAGAAAUGUCUUUGGACUGCGCGAAGGUCCAAGAAUAUUCGCCGCCGCGGUCUGUACUGCGCAUAGCUGUCGGGAACGCGCAUACUCACGAGAAAGCGUUGCACAAAGCGCAUACUCCUGAACCCCGCAUUCUGGCCACACAUGAUGCACCAACAACCUUGCAGACAGAGCACGAUACAUAAAAAAAAAAAGAAAAACUUAGGACUAUAUUUUGUCUUGGUAUGACGCUGAUGCAAGGUAGGGCUGUCGCAACAACUUGGGACUGACGCCUUUUUUUUAUUAUUAUUAUUAUUAUUAUUAUUAUAGCGACCCGACUGUCGUGCAGUGCCAAUGCGAAACGUUCAUCGGGGAGUUCUAGAUUUCGAGCAUACGCAAAGUUAUGGGCGCAAACCGCCGCGCUUACAAAAUAACGCGAAAAGGUGCACAAAAGAACCCCAAUGUUAUACGAAAGAACGCGAAAAGGUACACAAAAGAACCCCAUAAAAGCUAUACGAAAGAACGCUAGCCGGGCGUUACGUUUCCCUUUGGUCUCUUUGGGCAUGCCAGACCCGUUUGCGUAUAAGCAACGCCCAAGACUCCCUGUUAACUCAUGUGACCAUUUGUACUUAAGUGCAGUAUGUGCAAAUGUUGUCGGUACGCCUUCUUAGUUUAAUAUUCUUUGGUUCUCUGUUUGUGAGGACGGUUUAUUCAAAGAUUGUGCGCACCACCAAAGUAUUUUGGCGUGCUCCGAUAGACACGUAAAAGAGGACAGGAGAGCUGACGCCUCUCUUGUCCCCUUCUGCGUAUCUUAAUAGUCUUUUUUUGUUGUGCUAAUAAUAAGUACUAUACCUGUACCUAGUGAACAGCAACGAACUUGCCCAUUAACGAGUCUUACAGCAUGCAGGAAAUUCAAGUGCCUUACCUAAUGCACAGCAUUGCAGCUGCCUAUAUAUAUUGUUGCGGGGGUCGCAUGUAUAUACUGCUUAAAAACGCGUACUUAGCGUAUACGUGCGCAAAUGCUGUAAAUGCGUCGUUUUAAGAAGAGUGUCGCAAAAAAAAAAUUCGCUUAGUGUUGAGACCAGUGCACUUUCAAAACUAUACCCCCUCAGUGCACAUGUGACCAAGCGCACCUAAUCUUUUUCCUGUAUGCGACUUUACGCCCACUAGUUCGUGGGAUGCUAUAGCAUGUUGCGCUUUUGUUGGAGAAGGAUGCCACCAGGGGCUGCGAUUACUGCACAUAUAUUUGUCUACAAGUAUACACUUCAACAGCUCGCACGUGCUUGUGAGAGUUAUAAUAAAUAAUAUUUUUAAUAAAGAAAAUGACGUUCGCCUGGCUAUUGGGUGCAUCUUUUUUUUUCUCUCUACAGUUAUGAAAACGACCAUUGUCGCCAAUGCAAUAAAUAUACCUGCAUUAAAGUUCAGUAAACCAUGA